AUCUCCCAAGGUUAUCAUAUUUUAUUGGCUUCGAAAGCUGUAUGUGAGAAGAAUGGACAAAGGGGAAGCUAGUGGGUCCUAGCUUUCAAUCCAAAUUGUAGCUUUCCAGGAAAGGCAAUGAAGGUCCAAAUUAUUGUCCAUCAAAAAGAACUUCAUCUGCAUGCUACAUAAGGACUCAGUACAUAAGGCAGGACAAACCUUCAAAGGCGUUCAGUUUUGAACAUCAUGGGUUCAAGUCCCGUUGGGAUCAAUUUCCACAAAAAUAAAGUCCACCAUAGUCAACUUACUCUUGGUACCAGACUCGUUGUUUAUGAGAUUAGUAGCCAGGGUAUAGUUCACUCAGCUGCCAAAAAACCAGUCAAAGUCAUUUACCUUCAAGUUGUCAGGCAAGAAUGAUAUCAAACGAUGGUUUAUCUUUUAGUAAUGUCUUUCAAUUUGAGUGGCUUUUUCAACUUUCCACGAAUCUGAAACUUCCUUUGUUAGCAGUAGAAGUUUAUCUCGGCAACUUGAAUUGAAAAUGCAGUGGUUGCCCGGCUUAUUUCAGUUUUGUUGUGGACUUUAUUUGAGUUCGACAGAAAAGAAGGCCGUAUCUUAUUUUCUAUUAUAUUCAACAUAUAUUUCCAUUAUGUACAAAACAAUUUCUAUAUAAAUUGUCCAUAAAUCCAACAACAAUGCCAAAAGAUGGAAACACAAUCUUUAGAUGGAAAAGCCUUGCUUUUCAAUAAUGAGGCCAAAGGUUUCAUCGCUUUUCUCUUUUUAACAACUUUACUUUAAAAAAUAGAGCGAUUAAGUUUUUAAUAUACUUUUAGUAGAUAAAUACAUAUUUCAAAAUUUCUUCGAUUAGGACGAUUUAACUUUUAAUGGCAAUUGUUUUCUGCGCAGCUUUAUAUUGAAGAAGCGAGGUUCUCUGUUGCGUUUGAUCCAAUUCUAUUUUCUCUUUGGGUGUGCAAUAUCCAUUAUGCGUUUUCAUUGGUUUGAUGCUAAUGCAAACAAAAAAUAUUCUCAGCUAUUUGAGAGGCCACGUGACUCUGCAAGCACUCGGCCAGAGAAUAGAAAUGACUCAGCGUUGGCUGUCUUUCUUUUCUCCCGCUUCCCUGUGCCAAAAUUUCCCGCGAAAUUUGAUACAUUGGCGUCAGCAGUUUAUCAAAUUUUAAAUGUUUGGUUCGUUCGGAAAAGGUUGGCGGAAAGCUGAAAUAUUUGGAAGAUGAAUGCAUCAAAAAUAGAAGAGAUUUUAGUGGAGGCAAGGAAACAUCCUACAAGCUGGAAAAAGCUCAGCCAGGCAUUGAAAAAUGUAGCAGACAAAGGCAGAGAAGCUGAAAUUAUCAGUUAUAAAAAUGGUCACAUUCUUGUUGAGCUCUAUGAGGCGCUGAUUAACAAUGAAAAUUCUGUUGUAUCAUCUAAUUUAGAUGAAAUUUUGGAAUGCAUAUUGACUCUUUCAAAAGAAAAGGAAGGCUAUAAAAUUGGAAUUUUUUUUCUGAAAGAUGUUUUGAACAUGUUUGUGGACAAAUCAUUGAAUUUCUCAACAUGUUUAGAGCUGGGCCAGCAUAUCAAUAUGCUACUUUCGCAGCAGCCCAAAGGAGAUUAUACCUUAAUGAAACUUGACUCCCUUUUCGACAACUUUUUAGAAAAAUUUGGAACCAAAUUCAAGCUGGCUGGAGAUUACGACAUUCAAGCGAAUUUGACUGAAGCAGCUUUAAGGAUUUUAGCCCCGAUAGAGAGGCAACAUUUUAUAACCAAACAUUUUGAAGAUGGGGCCAUCAAAGAAAGCUUUUGUGCUAUACAGAACCAGGACUUUGAGAAUGGAUGUCGAAACUUUAUUAACAAAGCCAAUGACACAUACACUGAAAACAGAAGUGUCUAUUCAAUUCCUUGCAAAUCAUUUUACCUCGGAAUGUACAAGUUGAGUGCACCUUUGGACCAGGCAUGCAAAGAAAUAUGGGUUGAUUUCAACUUGGGAAGUAAAUCACUCACGGCAUUUGUAAAUGAUGAUGCCAUCCAAGAGGUCGGAGAAGCGACUUGGGAAACUGUGGUAAUAAAAUUGGAAAUCGUAAAAGACCUCCGCGUAACAGAUUCAGGGGAUGAAUUCAUAUUGAUUAUGAGACUGACAACCCCGGCGUCCGAGCUGGCACCAUUCUGUCCUUCUGCUCCUGAACACUACGCAAAAAUUUCCUUUGACAAAAACCAAAACAUAAAAACUGCCAUACAGCAUUUGUUUGGUGAAGUUCGCUUUGUGCAUCUCCCACGCAGCAGUCCCUCCAUGUCACCCAUUUCCGUGAAGGCGUCUGCUGCCAAAAUCCCUUUUAAGAUUUCAUCUGAAAAAGGCGAUGAAUCCUCUGAGUUGAUGGAAAGUUCACCGUCCAUCAGAAGUCUUCAAUUGCCCAAAGAUGACCGAACAGCAGAUUUACGACCGACCAGCCAGCCUGAAAAUACAUCUGAAAAGCGAGAAUCAUCAAAGGAACAAAUAAAACCUGGAAAUGCCAAGAACGCUGAGCAUGGUUGUUGUCCAGAAGAGAAACAGAAAGGGCAAAAUAAUCCAGUCGUCGUUGAAGAAGAUCGAAAAUUAUCUGAUGUGGUCCCUGAAACGCAAGAUGCGGAAGAAAACCAGCCAGCAAUUGCCGUAAGCUCAGCCGUGCCACCAGUUAAAGUGAAACUGAAAAAGGAAGUGAAAAAGACCAAGGAACCUAUCAAAUCUCGGACAAUGAAACCUCGCAAAGCUAAAGCCAAGGCUCACUCGCCAUUUUCCUUCACAGAGAAUGACAGCGAAGCCUUUGGGCAAACAGUUGAACCAAAGAUUAUUGAGAGAGACCUCGGAUCCAGCUUCACAGACCCGAGAAAGCCUAAAAGAAAGCGAAUCAAGCAAACGUACGCCAAACAUCGCUCAAAAUGUAGCAAAAAAAUCAUCAGCGGGAUUCGAAGACGAGAGGAAAUAAGGAACCCGGUGUCCUCGAGUGAUUCAGAAGCAAGCUUCAACAGGGUAGCCAUACCAACUCUUUCUCUCCUAAAUCAAGAAAGCCAUCCUGACGAAAGAACUGUCAGUUCCGCCAAAAAAAUCCUUUGCCAACCAGACGAGGUUGAUGAACGAAUUCUAGCCGCCAAAUGCACUUUAGCUGACAAACCCAGAAUCAAAGAUUCGGGAGCAAAGGCGAGAAUUAAAAAACCUGGGUUUAAAAGGAUUUCGACAGAAUCUGAAGAAGUAACAAACUUAUCAAAUGGAAUCGCCGCUAAAGAUUUGCUGCCCAAAGCAAGGGAAGAAGAAGCUGGACAAACAGUGAGAAAGGGCGAAUUUGCUAAUGCACUCAAAUCAUUUGCCUCCGUUUCUAAGCGCAUAUUGGACUCGGCAAAUGCAAAAAUAGCAGCAUCAAAGGCAAGAGAAAGUGAUGAUUCAAUGGCCAAAGAUGAAGAUUUCGAAUGCAAUUAUAGCACGCCAAAGGUGGUAAAGAAUUUCCGAUUGAAAUGUAACAUUGGAAAAAACCAGGGAAUUCAACACAAGCAGUGGUCAGACAAAAUGAAAAAAGACAGUCUGACAAAGAAACCAGAGAAGCCAACAGUGACAAAGGAAAGGACCAAAAAGCUGGAAGCAAAAAGAAAACGAUUUCAACCCGAAAUCGGUGAAAGCGAUGGCAGUGACGUAAAUGGUGUAGAUGACUUGAGUGAUGAAGGAAGCUCUUCAAAUGAUGAGGAAGAAACGAGUCAUUGGAAACUUGAGUCAACACCUUCUACUGGGCAUGCUCUAAUCCAAUCGAGGCAUAAUGCCAACAGUUUCCUUGGAUCGCUUCGUGAUGAAAUGAAAACUGUAUUCCAGCAUCCACAAUUCGAAAGAUCAGAGAAUAUUACAUCGCUACUUUCAAAACGGCAGGAGCAAAGAAAGAGGUAUGCUCAAGAAAUCGACUCCAUGCUGACAACUGAGUUCAAAUUAAUGAGAAAGGAACUAGAAAAACAGAAAAAGCGGCAAGACAAAUUUCUGAAAGAAAGCAUCAAGGCUUCAAGGAUGCAGCUGAACAGGCUAGAAAAUCUUGAGAAUAUGGUGUCAUUGCUCUCAAAGCGAAUGAUACUAUUAGAAGAAAGAUAUCACAGUGACAAUACAAUGGUUGAAAUGGAUCUGGCAGAGGAAUGAAUGUAAAACCUUUCAUAUGUAUUAACCCAAAUUACAAGCUAAAAGACCUCUAAGGUUGUGAAGCGGAAUUUUGAGAUUUUCAAUGUCAAAGAAGUCAUUAAUUUAUUGUUGUUUAAAAAACGGACAAUUUUGUGAGUAAUAUUAUCAUUAACAUUGAGAAUGAUAUUGAUUUAAAGUAGUUUUCUGAUGAACAUUAACAUUGAGCCGCAAUCGAGAUUAACAUUUACAGAUAAUUUGCAGUUCUGAAAUUUUCGUGUUGUAUCUAUUUGAAUAAAGUUAAUGAGAAAUGCUCUGAU